CUGAAGAAGUAAAGUGCUACGACUCGGGCGCGACCGUAACGCGCGGCAUGAUGAUCGAUGCGAUAACCGCGUUCUGCGACUGGGCGCAGGGUCGCGUGCUCGACGCGUCGCUGCCCAAUACGGUGCGCACGCUGGACAAUGGCGACGGCUUCGGCGCGCACUGCAUCGCAGACGGGUGGUGCUUCGACGUCAUCUUGAUUAGUGUGACGGUGCUGAAUAGCUGUCGGUUUACGGUGGGCAGCAGUAGGUUCGAUGACGGGGGAUGUGGAAAGAUAUUGAGGAGGGCGGUGGAUCAGUGCGAUGGGAAGAGUACGGAGUUUAAGCAGGGGGGGAGGGUGGUGGGGAAUUGUGCCGAGUGGAGGAUUGAUCCGAAUGUACUGUAGGGGGGGGGGAUGAGUCGUUCAGAAGUCAGCUACAAGGCCGGAGAAUGCCUAUAGGGAUGGAAAGAUAGAGCAUUCCCUUCUCUUGUACGCAGAUAUGGUAAGCGAGAAUACGCGAGACUGAAUUCCGAAACGAGACCUUAAGAAAUGGCGGACGACACAAGAGAGCCUGUUUUCAACGUCCUAUGGUCGUAUGUGGAGGCUUCCCAUGUCUAUGUAUUCAUACCGCGCUUCGUGUUGAGCUGGUAAAGACACUACAAUGCCACGCUCUUACGUUGCAGGAUAAACGGCGGACUAGGCAUGUGAGGCGG